AUGGAGGAGCCGAGCCGUAAGAGACAGCGGAAUGAGAGCGAACUGGCGCCGAGCGGGAACUCAUCUUACCCUCCUGACGCCAGCCAGAAGAAGCCGAAGACGGUGGCGGCCGAGGACUACUUCGAGAGCUACGAAGACCUGGGCGUGCACCACCUCAUGCUACGCGAUCGGCCGCGAAGCGAAGCCUACCGCAAGGCCAUCGAGGGCAACAAGGAGGCGUUCCAGGGCAAGGUGGUGCUGGACGUCGGAACGGGCACAGGCCUCUUGGCCAUGUUCGCCGCCCGCGCCGGCGCCAAGAAGGUCUACGCCGUCGAGGGCUCGAACAUGGCCAACGUCGCACAGCUCUUGGUGGAGAAGAACGGAUUCGCCGAUCGUAUCCAGGUUAUCAAGGGGCGAAUGGAGGAGGUGGAGCUGCCGGAGAAGGUGGACAUCAUCGUGAGCGAGUGGAUGGGGUUCUACCUGCUACACGAGUCCAUGCUGGACUCGGUGCUCUACGCACGCGACAAGUGGCUUAACGAGGGCGGGCUGGUGUUCCCCUCGCGCUCGCGCAUCUUCCUGGCGCCUGUCAACCUCGACAGCUACUACGAAGAACACGUGACCUUCUGGGAGGAUGUGUACGGGCUUGACUACUCGGCUCUUUUGCCUGCGGUCAAGGCCCAGCUGAUGGCCCAGCCCGAGAUUCAGAUCACGGUCGAGAAGGAGCAGCUCCUGUCUCACCCCCUGCUGGUGAAAGACAUCGACUGCCUCUCCGUGAGCCCGCAGCAAUUGCGCAGAAUCAAACGCAACUUUGAACUGCCCAUCCUCCGGGACGAUACGAUGCACGGGUUUUGCGUGUGGUUCGACGUCACGUUCGACCCCCACCACACCUACAAGAGCAAGUCGCAGGCGGUGCAGGGCUCGGACGCAGCGGCAGACUCGGGUGACAUGCGACCGACGGGCGGCCAGGUGGUGGUGCUCUCCACCGCGCCGGGCGAGAAGCCCACCCACUGGAAGCAGACCUUCAUCCUCCUCCCCGCCGAUCGAGGGUUCCCAGUCAACCCCGACACCACGAUAACGGGCAGCAUGGCGAUGACCACCGCUGACGACAACUCGCGACUCUACGACCUCUCGAUCGACCUGGGCGAGCUCGACCCCGAUCCGGCCGCCGACACCACCAGCUUGAACGGCGUGGAAGAGGAGAAGGAGGUGGAACCGGAAGCGGAAGCGGUCGAAGAGGGAGCGAUGCCUGGGCACGAGAAGGACUGCCAAUGUGGCAAGUGCCGACUCAUCCGAGCCUACCUGGCCAUGGAAGAGGGAAGAGAGGGAGACACGUUGGGGUGA